AUGGCCACCCAGACCCGUCUGGACACCUGUCAUGAUCUGGCAUAUCUACCUCGGGACAUUUUCUGGCUUCUACUGGGUUACAUAGACCCUGUCGAUUUAGUCCGUUGCCGACGUGUCUCGCGCGCGUGGAAUGAGGCCUUCGGUAACCCGCCGGUGUUGGCCCGAAUCUUGAAAAUGCGCUUUCCAUGGACGAAGGAAGCGCAGGCCAUUGAAUGGGACAAUGAGGACCCCGAAAGCCGGAAUGUCUUCGACCAGGUUGUCUCGCGAUAUGACCAUCUGGAAAGAGGAAAGCCCCGCUCCGUACAAAAAUACCGCCUGUGCGACGAUUUCGGCAGUUCAGGCGACCGUGAAUGGUUCCAGGUUCAGCCGUGGGAGUCACACGCGAGCCACAUGAGGCAGGUCGUGGACCGCCAAUUCUCGGAGGCCCUGUGGACGUACGAGGAAGGGCUGCUGGUAUACCCUAGUGCGGAUCACCAGAGUUUGGUGCUGAUGGACCUGAGCUCUGACCGGCAGUUCAUGGUGCCCUUCAUUAUCCGCGGAAAGGUGGUCCGUAGAGUUCGACUCCAGAAGCGAUUACUGGUGGUUGAGUGGGCAGAGCCCAAAGCCUUCCAUUGGCUCAACGACAGCGACGGUGUGCAUCGCCAUUUCGCCUCAUCGUUCGAUGUGAAGCCCGGAGCUCAGGGUGGAUGGAGUGUCAUCCCUCGCAAUGAAUGGAAGAUUAUGUUCCUGGGUCAUCCGCUAAGUGAACGAGACCGUUUCUUCUCCUCGCAUAGCAAUACGCACUACGUGAUCUACAUCUGGCAGCCAAACCGCAGCCUAUACACGGCAGAUGAGGAUGCGCCCAUUGAGUCUUUGUUUGUGUGGAAUAUCUCGAAACCAUCUUCCUACAGACCAUCGCUCGAUCCAUUUAGCCAUCAAAGUGGGCCCGAGGUCGACCAAUCUCCCUUUAUCAUGUCUCGUUUUGGCUUCCGGGAUCUCGAAUUCUUUUCUGUUCGACAGCGAGGCCUGCCGGCUUUACUAAAGCUCGGCAUCACAGAUGACUGCCACGCUGUUGAAUUUACGGAAAUGGCCUGCCUUGGCGACGAGGACGAGAUCACGCCUUUCGGUUACCCCCAAACCAUCACCACCGUCAUACCCCUGCAGGGAAAUGGACCCCAUGGCAAGCGCUUUGAAGGGAUCCUACCUGCUUAUCGUGGCAAUUGCAAUCUGCAAAUACCAAUUUUGAGAGACUAUAUGGGCCUGGCAGAGUCUUGGUUUGGCAUUCUCACAGAGUUAACCGACGACAAUGCCGACUUGAGCUUCAGUCUCCAUUUUGAUCCAAUCAACUGGACCCAAGACCAGACAAUAUACUUGACCAUUGAAACAAGGAAAAGUCAAGUUUCCCAUGAGAACCUGGACUUUACCGGCUGCGGGUUGAUUUGUGGUGGCGAACACUAUCUAGUCGGCGAGAACUGUAACCGUGAGCUGGUGAUAUAUCGAUUUGAUCGAUGA